AUGAUGAACGGUGACUCUCGCGUUUCUCUUGAGACACAGUACAUAAGGAGGCAUCACAGGCAUGAGCCAAGGGAAAAUCAGUGCACUUCUGCUCUCGUUAAACAUAUCAAAGCCCCUGUUCACCUUGUGUGGUCGCUGGUUAGAAGAUUUGAUCAACCUCAAAAGUACAAGCCAUUUGUGAGCAGAUGUGUCAUGCAAGGGGACCUUGGAAUUGGAAGUGUCAGAGAAGUGAAUGUUAAAUCUGGCCUUCCAGCCACAACAAGUACUGAGAGGUUGGAACAACUUGAUGAUGAGGAGCACAUUCUUGGCAUCAGAAUUGUUGGAGGUGACCAUAGGCUGAGGAACUACUCUUCCAUAAUCACCGUCCACCCUGAGGUCAUUGAGGGGAGACCUGGAACAAUGGUGAUUGAAUCAUUUGUGGUAGAUGUGCCUGAUGGGAACACCAAGGAUGAAACUUGUUACUUUGUGGAAGCUUUGAUCAGGUGUAACCUAAGCUCUUUGGCUGAUGUCUCAGAGAGGAUGGCAGUGCAAGGUCGAACUGAUCCCAUCAACCAUUAA